CCAAUAUUUUUACCACAGCUACAUAUCAGGCAUAACAUUGCUUGGCACCCCAACUGAAGUCUAUUUAUUUGGCAUCCAAUAUAUGUACAUAAUGGGUUCAUUGGUUCUGAUGGGUUUCGUUAUGUAUUAUUUGUUCCUACCAGUAUUCCACAAUCUUAAGUUAAUAUCAACCUAUCAAUAUUUAGAAACACGUUACAAUAAUUGUGUGCGCCUGUUCGGGUCAGUGCUCUUCAUAUUCGGAUCGUUGUUAUGGCUGCCAAUUGUGAUAUAUGUACCCGCACUGGCAUUUAAUCAAGCCACCGGUAUCAACGUACAUCUGAUUACGCCAUUGGUUAGUCUGGUGUGUAUUUUUUACACGUGUGUGGGCGGUUUAAAGGCUGUUGUUUGGACAGAUGUUGUACAAACUCUAAUCAUGUUCGGCGCAAUGCUUUUAAUUAUUGUCAAAGGUACAAUCGAUGUAGGUGGUCUUGGUGUAGUGUAUACCAGAGCUAAAGAAAGCGGCAGAAUUGAACCUCCUAACCUUACAUUUGAUCUUACUGAACGUUAUACGGUCUACUCAUUAUUCAUUGGUGGAGUAGCGCAUUUCUUAAAAUCAAAUGCGAUCAGCCAAAAUAUGAUUCAACGUUAUUUAUCGUUACCAACUUUAAAAAAGGCUCGCAUUUCUGUAUGGACUUUCAUUUUUGGAGUACUCAUAUUUAUGUUAGUAUGCGGCUACAGUGGCUUGCUUAUCUACGCCACCUAUCAUGACUGUGAUCCACUAAUGACCAAGCUCGCUGAACGUAAGGAUCAACUGCUGCCUUUACUUGUUAUGGAAACUCUAGGAGAAUACCCUGGCUUACCUGGCCUCUUUGUAGCAGGAGUUUUCAGUGCUGCACUGUCAUCUCUGUCAACUGGUCUGAAUUCAAUGUCUGCUGUAGUGUUGGAAGACUUCGUGAAAUCAUUUUAUAAGAAAACACUCUCAGAGCGGGCAACAGCUUACAUUAUGCGUUCAGUAGUUGUGCUCUUUGGUGUUAUUUGCGUGGCUCUAGUGAUUGUGGUAGAAAAACUGGGUGCUGUAUUACAAUUAACUAUAACACUAUCGUCUGUAGCAAAUGGACCACUACUUGGUAUAUUCACAGCUGGUGUUUUGGUGCCAUGGGUGGAGAGCAAAGGUGCCUUAAUUGGUGGUAUCACCAGUCUGAUAUUUAUGGCUUGGAUGGCAAUAAGUGCUCAAUCUGAUAUAGCAUCAGGCGCAAUGGUAUAUGCAAGAAAGCCACAUACAACUCUGGGUUGCAAUUAUACUUUCAUGGAUUUCACACCAAUGAGUAUGCUGGCUGAAAAUGCAACAGAAAUAUUAGAAGAAAGUAACAGCCACAAGGAAUUUCAUAUUUAUAAUAUCUCCUACCUAUUCUACACAAUGCUGGGUGCUAUUUUGACUAUUGUCAUUGCAAUUGUCAUCAGUUUCAUCUCAGGCCCAAAUAAACUGACAGAUAUCGACACCAGUCUGCUGUCACCAUUCCUCCAGCGCUGGAUAGAAAACUACAAAAGCAAGAAAGUCACUGCAUCUUCCGAUACGACGAAGAACGGCAACAACCAACAAAAGCAAACAAUAGCGGAAACAUGUUGGUAAAUCGCAAACUAUGAGGCGAAUUUGAUACAUGAAAUAGAUUUGCCCCGGAGGGAAAUGUGUUAAGUGAACGAGUUAGUUAGGUAUUUGUUUUGUCUGUUUGUAUUUUUAAUGAUAUUGUUAGUUUUAAAUAAAGUUCGAAUGGAUUUAUU